AUGGAUGAGGUAGAUCGCGAGCUUAGCAACGCCGCUCGGGCUGCGUCGCCGGGCCGCUACCAGUCUCGCGGUAGCCACGAGAUUGAGCGCGUCCUUUCCGCUUCCACCACUUCGAGCACAUCCACUUCUUCCUCCCGAGAACCCUACCGCCGCAACACGGGCAUCAGCCGCGUGUCAACUCAGAAUGACCUCGAGCGCCAUCCCACGGCGCUCAGCCGCAUCGCCACGCAGCGCAGCCAACACAGCAACACUGUCGGCCGAAGCAUCAAGAGCAGAGAAUCGAGGAAACCUCUUCCCAACUUUGGCGCCGGAAAGCCCUAUCCGCCUCACCUGCCCGACCAGGAGGAGUAUGUCGUCGAGUUUGACGGGCCCAGUGACCCGCUGCAUGCCCAGAACUGGCCCAUGAAGAAGAAGAUGAUCACAGCCGUCAUGCUGGCUUACACAACCUUGACGUCCGCCUUCGGCUCGAGUAUCUUUUCCGCCGCCACCGCGCCCAUCAGCGUCCAGUACAACGUCUCCAACGAGGUUGGCAUCUUGGGAGUCUCCUUUUACGUUCUCGGCUUUGCGACGGGUCCCACGCUCUGGGCGCCCCUCUCUGAGCUGAAGGGUCGUCGUCUGCCGCUCGUCCUCUCCAUGUUCGGCUUUUCUCUCUUCUCUCCAUCGCUGCAGCUACAGGCAAGGAUAUCCAGACGAUUCUCCAUCUGCCGUUUCUUCAGCGGUUUCUUCGGCGCCUGCCCUUUGGCCGUCGUCGCCGCCGUCUUCUCCGACAUGUUUGACAACCGUACCCGUGGAGUCGCCGUCACAGUCUUCUCCAUGGCCGUCUUCACCGGCCCUCUCCUCGCCCCCUUUGUCGGCGGCUUUAUUGUGGAGUCGUACCUCGGCUGGCGCUGGACCCAAUAUCUCAUCUCCAUCAUGGGCUUCUUCGCCUUCUUCCUCGAUCUGUUCUUUCUCGAGGAAACGUAUCCGCCCGUCAUCCUCGUGAGCAAGGCCUCCGAGUUGCGCCGUCGCACCCGAAACUGGGGCAUCCACGCCAAGCAGGAGGAAAUUGAGUCGCUCAACUACCUCGUCGACUCGUACCUCAUGUUCGCCGCAUCGGCCAUUGCCGGCAACACCUUCCUCCGAUCACUCUGCGGCGCCGGCUUUCCCCUGUUCGCGACGCAGAUGUUCGAGGGCAUGGGCAUAGAGUGGGCCUCGACGCUGCUGGGCUGCAUCGCCGCCGUGCUCGCUCCCAUUCCUCUCAUCUUCUGGCUCUACGGCCACAAGAUCCGCGCCAAGAGCGCCUACGCACCCACCUUCCAGGCCCAGGCUGAGGAGCCGGCCGAGCCCGAAGACUUGCCAGGUGCCGUGCCGACGCAGUCCCAGACGGCUGUCAACGGAGCCAACGGCGUCGACGGAGGCCACGAGGAAGAGAAGCAGGAGGAUCUCGCGGCGAGGGCGAACGCGCCAGCGACGAAUGGCGACAGGAGCAAUGCUGUGUAA